AUGAGCGCACCGACCGUUUCCGCUGGCGCGGCCAGCUCUCCUCGACACUUUGCCCUCGAGCAUCUGCGCCCAAAGAGCAGCUUUGUUGGAUGCUCUCGGAUCGGUGAUUUCGAGGUCUUGGGUAAGCUGGGAGAGGGCACGUUCGGCGAGGUCCAUCGCGCCAGAUCCAGGAAGACCGGCGCCCUUGUGGCUCUGAAAAAGAUCAUAAUGCAUAAUGAGAAGGAUGGAUUUCCCAUCACCGCUCUGCGAGAGAUCAAACUCCUCAAGCUUCUAUCACACAAGAAUGUUCUCAGGCUGGAAGACAUGGCUGUUGAGCACCCAGCGAGGAGCACCGACAAGCGCAAGAAACCCGUCGUUUACAUGGCCACUCCAUACAUGGACCACGAUCUUUCGGGCCUGCUCGACAAUCCCUCAAUCACCUUCAGCGAGGCGCAGAUCAAAUGCUACCUAGUGCAGCUUCUCGAGGGUCUCAAGUACCUGCACGAAAACAAGAUUCUACAUCGAGACAUGAAAGCAGCCAACCUCCUGAUCAACAACAAGGGGAUUUUACAGAUCGCAGAUUUUGGUCUCGCAAGGCUCUAUGACGAGCCGCCCCCAGUGAAGGGUCGGGGUGGUGGUGAAGGCAAACGUGACUACACUAGCCUGGUGGUUACGCGCUGGUACCGGCCACCCGAGCUUCUGCUACACCUGAAGAAGUACACCACAGCCAUUGAUAUAUGGGGAGUUGGUUGCGUAUUUGGGGAAAUGCUCUGGGGCAAGCCGAUUCUGGCUGGUGAGAGCGAUCACCACCAACUGGAAAUCAUAUUUGACCUUUGUGGCACCCCCACCGACGACAACAUGCCAGGCUUUAGACAACUUCCCGGAGCGGAAGGCAUCAAAUCACGACCGCGGCCUGGUGACCUCGGCAAUCGCUUCUCCAAAUACGGACAAGGUGCUGUCGCUCUCCUCAGAGAACUCUUACGACUGGACUGGAAGAGGCGCAUCAAUGCGAUUGAUGCACUUGAGCACCCAUAUCUGCAUACCGCUCCGCUCCCGGCGCAGCCUGGCGAACUGCCCAUUAUGGAGGAGAGCCACGAGCUUGACAGAAGAAAGUUUCAUGACCGCAAGGCUGCCCUACCUCCCGCACCAAAGGGUGGGACUGUCGGACGCGGGCCGCAGCCGCAUGAUGGAGCUGGAAAUCCCAGUUUCAAUAGCAACGAUAUUUACGAGUGCCAGCCUGGCAACGAGGCCCACACGCACUUCCUCCCCGACCGCCACCUCCCGUCGACAAUUACGGCAAUGGCGGACCAGACAUGUACCUUGACGGACACCGGGAUCGAGACCGCGACCGUGACCGCGACCGAGCACCUCCUCGAGCCAGACCCGCAGCUGGAAGAAGUGAUAUCGACACCUACAUUCCAAGUUAUCGUGAACGUGAAAGAGAACGCGAACGCGAACGCGAGAGGGACCGAGACCGGGAUCGAGAUCGACCACCGCGCGAUCGCCGAUAUCGUAGUCGAUCACCCGUAA